CUCAGAUGAUUGUUCAACCUCAGCCAAUAAUGGCAACGGUCGGUGACGACAUCACUUUACCAUGCCAUGUGAAACCUGCUACAGAUGCCUUUAGUGAGAUGCUGGAGUGGUCGAGAGCUGACCUGAACCCCAGAUUUGUCCAUGUGAGGCGAUUCGGUGAAGACCAUCUGGUUGAUCAAAAUCCAGCCUUCAAGGGAAGAACAUCAGUGUCCAUAGACGGACUGAAACAUGGAGAGACAUCACUAAAACUCUCCAAAGUGAAACUCUCUGAUGAGGGAACAUACAAAUGUUUCAUUCCAGGAUUAAAUACAGAAUCUAGUGUUCAGCUUGUUGUUGCAGACAUUGUCAUCGAGAUUACCAAAGUCGGCAGUGGAGAGCUAGGCUGUAAAUCUAAAGGCUGGUAUCCAGAGCCUGAGGUGUUUUGGCUGGACGGUGAGGGAAACCUCCUCUCUGCUGGACCUACAGAGACAGUCAAAGGUCCUGAUGACCUCUAUACUGUCAGCAGCAGAGUGACUGUGGAGAAGAGACACAGCAACAGCUUCACCUGUAGAGUCCAACAGAAGGACAUCAACCAGACCAGAGAGACUCACAUCCAGGUUCCAGAUGAUUUCUUCAUGGACUCAUCUAGUUCGUCUGCUUCUACCAUCAUCGGUUUGAUCGUUGGCAUUCUGUUUAUUCUUGUGGUUGCCUUUGUUGUGUGGAAAUGGAGACAAAACAAAAUCAACACCAAGAAGCUCCCUGAGGAUGAAGAAACACAGAUACACAGAGAGACGGCAAAAACUGAAACAGUGAAGAAUCAGAACAAGGUGGAAGAAGAAAAUCACACUGAAUGUUUCAGUGAAGAAACAGGACUUUUAUGUCAAACAGAGGAGGAGACAAACAGAGAGAAGUUCAGGGCAGAAGGAGAAACCAACAAUAUUCUCCCACAGGGACAAGAGGACACUGAGAAACAAUCUAUAGAUGCAGGAACAUUGUCUCAGUUUGUGAUGGAGGACAGAAGACAACGACAUGAUGUCCAGACAAGAGGAGAGACAACGAAUGAUUUGGACAACAGAGACGAAGAGACCAAGUCAGUAAGUGGAGAGACACAAACUCCAGGUCCAGCAGAGAGAGAGACACAGCAAGAACACCCAGAGACAAUAAUUAGAGAGGAAACAAAGUCUGUAAAUACUGAAGCAGGAGGUCAGGGUCUGAUGGAUGGAGGAGGACAACAGCAGCAGGUCAGGGCAGGAGGAGGGACAACAAAUGGUGCCGAAAAGAAAUAUGAGGAAAACAAAAUACAAUGCACAAAUAACAAACCAGAGGUUCAGGAUCUAACUGAGAGAGAAAGACAAAAAGGUGAUCUCCCAGCUGGAGUGACAGAGAAUGCAGCGGAUGGAAACACAGAUCAGCUGCCAGAAGCAGAAGAACAGAGAGAUUUGAAGAAGAAGGAUGAAGACAAGGAAACAAAGACUACAAAUAAUGAAACUGCAGCUCAGGGUCCAGCUGAAGAAGAAAGACAACAAGAUGAACUCCAGACAGGAGGAGAGAGAAAACCUGAGGAAACAAAACCUCCAGGUCCACCAACGACAGAAACACACACAGAGCAGCAAACUGUAGAAGAGAAAGAGGAGAGUCCUGACAGCAGAGACAGAGAGGAGGAUGGGAUAUCACAAAAAGAAAAGACAAUAACUCAGUCUUUAAAUGAGCUGCCAGCAGGACAAGCAAAGAGGGAUGUGGAGAAUACAGAAGACAGAGAGAAAACAGGACCUUCUUGUCCAGCAGAGGGAGGAGGACAACAAGAGAAGAAUGGAGACAGGAGAGAUGGAGGAGAGAACACAACAUCUAUACCAGGAAACACAACACAUCAGUCUGCAGUGGAUGGAAACACAGAUCAGCUGGCAGGAGCAGACGAACAGAGUGAUUUGGACAAGAAGGAUGAAGACAAGGAAACAAAGACUACAAGUAAUGAAACUGCAGCUCAGGCUCCAGCUGAAGGAGAAAGUCAACAAGUUGAACUCCAGACAGGAGGAGAGAGAAAACCUGAGGAAACAAAACCUCCAGGUCCACCAACGACAGAAACACACACAGAGCAGCAAACUGUAGAAGAGAAAGAGGAGAGUCCUGACAGCAGAGACAGAGAGGAGGAUGGGGCAUCCACACAAGAAGACACAACAACUCAGUCCCUAAAUGAGAAGUAAAGAGGGAUGUGGAGAAUACAGAAGACAGAGAGAAAACAGGACCUUCUUGUCCAGCAGAGGGAGGAGGACAACAAGAGAACAAACCAGAAUAUCGAGGUCCAACUGAGGGAGAAAGACAAAAAAAUGACAUCCCUGCAGAAGGGACAGGGAAUAAACUUAAACAGACAGCAGGACAGACGGGAGAGUUUGAAGACACUCCCUGUCCAGCAGAGGGAGAUGGACACCAGCAAAUGAAUAGAGGCAGGAGAACACAACACCUCUAUAAGAAAACACAGCUCAUAGGUCUGCAGUGGAUGGACAAAGAGAUCAGCUCCCAGAAGAACAGAGUGAUCUGGACAAGUAAGAUAAAGACGAGGAAAUAAAAACUAUAAAUAGUUAAACAGCAGCUCAGGGUCCAGCUGCAGGAGAAAGACAAUAAGAUGAACUUCAGGCAGCAAGAAAGAAAAAAAACCUGAGGAAGAACUGAGUCCUAAAAAAUAAUAUUGUUAUUAGUAGUAGUAGAUUUUUAACGUUGCAUCCAUCCCCUGUUCAGCGUGUACAAGCUGUAACCAUCAGGCAGAUGGGAGGGUGCCGUUCCCCCAAACCAACUUAUUUGUGCCUGUCAGUAUUACAAUGCUGAAUAAACUGUGAUACCAAAGAUGAUUGUGGUUGUGAAACGUUUGUUGUUCUGACAAUUGCUGUAUGGCACGAAUGAAUUUCGGAAAGGACUAAUAGAUAUCUAUCUAUAAAGACAUUUAAUUGCAUUUUUCACUGUUUUCACAAAUCUGUCCUGUUCUUUUAUAAUGUUUCACUGUCUCAGUACACUGUUAAAAUAUGUAUAUAAAUGUUCUUGUUGUGGAGAGAAAUAUGCUCCAACUGCACUGACAAAAAGAAAUGUCUUCUUUUUUUUGUAGCUUCUCAGCAUCAUAUUCAUUUCAUAAGUUUUUUAUAAUCUGUGUUUUAUAUUUUUUAUUAGUAUGAUGAGUCAUUCCUCUUAAUCAGUCAGUAAAUCCACAUUUAUGAAAUAAACCUAAAUAUCU